UCAAGCGCAGAACGGGUCAGGAUGUUGGUCGCUAAAGCGUGCAGGAGAACAAAGCAGAGAAAAUUACCUUCUUUCCAAGUUUCUAAACUGCGUUUCAGCGUCACUGCACUCAGCUGUGCCGAUCGGCUGACAUUCGCCAAACCCUUCAGCGAUGUUCCAAGGAUUCCAGCUUUUCCAGUUGUGGGAAGCUCAUGGAUAUAUUUCCCUAUUCUUGGCAGAUACAACAUCAGGAAACUGAACGAAGCUGCGUGGGAUAUGUACCAGCGGUACGGGCCCGUCGUAGGGGAGCAAAUUCCUGGAAGGCGAGUCCUGGUUCAUCUCUUCAGCGCGGAUGACAUUCGGACUUUGUACCAAGAGGAGGGAAGGACACCAUACCGCAUGGGAGCACUGCCGUUCAAGCUGUACCACACAGACAGGAAGGAGUACUUUGCCAACGAGGGCAUCCUAAAUUUGCAGGGCGAACAAUGGCACCAGAUCAGGACUGCGGUUCAACCUUGCACCUUUAGGCCUCGGACUGUUGAGUUGUAUGCUGAAGGAAUGGGGCAGAUUGCCGACGAUGCGGUGGAACUUAUCGCCAGUGACCGGGACGGAAAUGGAGACGUACUGGACUGCUACACCAUCAUGCAAAGAUGGGCGUUGGAGGCUGUCAUGCUUGUUUCUCUGGACAAGAGACUUGGGCUGCUCGAAAAUCCACUGCCACCCGACUCAGACGCAGCUGGCAUAAUGAACGGAAUUGUCACACUAUUUUCUGACAUGGACAAACUGGUGACAGGAUUCCCUUACUAUCGUUACUUUGCAACGCCCACCAUUCGAAGUUUUCAACGUACUGGGGAUUACCUGGUCUCUUACGGUUACAGCAUCGAGGGCAAAAAACUGUGUCGGCCUUCGCCUAUCUAUGCUGACGAUCUCAUAUUAAUUGCUUCCAGUUAUGAAGAACUGCGGCUGCCAUAUGCGGCCGUCCAGAUCCUCGGCAUCUGUAAAAGUUAUCAAAAAAGUUCCAUGGAGGCUCCAGGACUCCUGCAGCCCCAUCUGACGAUGGCCUUUGCCACGUCCUUCUCGGCCUUCUGGAUCGGCCGCUUCACCCCCUGA